AUGGAUAUAACGAGCUUGAAAAGUUAUAAAGAUUUGAUAGAACUAAGCAAUGAAGAGAAAAAGAAGAACUUAAAGGAUUAUUUAGAGGAUAAGAAAAGGUCUGAGCUUUUAAUAAAAAAAUUUAAAAGUUUAUAUGUUGACUUAUCACGCCAGAGAUACAAUGAAAAUACUCUUAAUAAAUUAAUCGAAUAUGCCGAAGAAAUAAAAUUAGGAGAAAAAAUUGCAAGGACAUUUAAAGGUGAAAAAGUAAACAUUACCGAGAAUAGAAGUGUAUUACAUACAGCAUUACGAGUACCAAUAGAAAAAAUAAAUAGUCAUAAAAUAAUGAUUGAUGAUAAAAAUGUAUUAGAAGAUGUACAUAAUGUUUUAAAAAAAAUAGAAAAUUAUUCUGAAAAUAUAAGAAAUGGAAAUAUAAAGACUUGUACAAAUAAAAAGUUUAAAAAUGUGAUUUGUAUAGGUAUUGGUGGAUCUUAUUUAGGAACACAAUUUGUGUAUGAAGCCAUGAAAUAUUAUUACACAAAUGAGGUGAUUUGCAAGAAUAAGGUUGAUAAUAAUACUUUAGGGACCGAAACUUUUAGCAUACCUUAUGAUGAAGAAAAAAAUUUUAAUUUAAUUUUUUUAGCUAAUGUUGACCCUAAUGAUAUUAAUAGGACUGUACAAAAUAUUGACCAAAACGAAACAUUAGUUAUAAUUAUAUCUAAAACAUUUACUACUGCUGAAACUAUGUUAAAUGCUAGAACAAUAAAAAAUUGGUUAAAACUAAAAAUAAAGGAUGAAAAUGAUUUAAGCAAGCACAUGGUAGCUAUAAGCACAAAUCUAAAAUUAACAGAUGAGUUUGGAAUAGCUAGAGAAAAUGUUUUUGAAUUUUGGGAUUGGGUUGGAGGUCGAUUUUCUGUUACCAGUGCAGUUGGAAUACUACCAUUAUCUAUAGCAUUUGGCUUUAAAAAUAUGACACAAUUUUUAAAUGGCUGUCAUGAUGUUGAUGAACAUUUUUUAAAUACAGAAUAUAGUAAGAAUAUUCCAGUUUUAUUGGCAUUAACUAGUUUUUAUAAUAGCCAAUUUUUUGAUAAUAAAAAUGUAGCUAUAUUGCCAUAUUUUCAAAAUUUAUUAAAAUUUUCUAAGCAUGUUCAACAAUUAGCUAUGGAAAGUAAUGGAAAAUCUGUAGAUAGAAAUAAUAAUUUUAUUAAUUAUAACACUUGUCAAGUUUAUUUUGGUGAACCAGGUACUAAUGGUCAACACAGUUUUUAUCAAUUAAUUCACCAAGGUCAAAUAAUUCCAGUAGAGUUGAUAGGCUUUAAAAAAUCUCAUUUCCCAAUACAUAUAAAGAAUGAGAAAGUAAGUAAUCAUGAUGAAUUGAUGACAAACUUUUUUGCACAAGCUGAUGCAUUAGCAAUUGGAAAAAAUAUAGAACAAUUAAUGGAAGAAAAUAAUAAUAAUAAAGUAUCUAUUGAUAUAUUAAAUCAUAAAGUAUUUAAAGGAAACAGGCCAUCAACUUUAUUACUAUUUGAUGAACUCAAUUUUUAUACAUGUGGGUUACUUUUAGCAAUAUAUGAGCAUAGAAUUGUUGCUGAAGGGUAUUUAUUAAAUAUAAAUAGUUUCGACCAAUGGGGAGUUGAACUAGGAAAAGUUCUCGCCAAAGAAAUAAGAAACUAUUUCCACGACACAAGAAAUAAAAAAAGUGGAACUACAUACCAUUUCAAUGAAUCUACUAAAAUAUUGUUAGAUUAUUAUUUAAAUUAA